AUGAAUAAAGAACAAUUAAAAGGUCUAUCUCACGAUGAUCUAAUCAAUAAAUAUAUUGCUCUUGAAACUGAGUUUAUAGAAUUUCAAGAUUCAUCCCGAGAUUUGGAAAAUAUCCUUGAACUGGAAUUGAAAGCUGUAGAACAAUCAAAUCAACAAUUACAAUCAUCCAUAGAUCAAGCUCAAGAGAAGAUAAUUCAAUUAGAACUGAUCAUAGCAACUUUAAGAGAGAAAUCAGUGGCCAAUGAAAUCUCUACUGAUGAAUAUCAAUUGAAUGAAAGAAUCUUAAAACAAGAUCUAAAUCGAUAUCAAGAAUUAAACAAUACAUAUUUAGAAAAGAUUGCUAUAUUGGAUAAUGAUUAUGAAUUAGAACGUCAACAAUAUCAACUUGAGAAUAAUCAACUUCAAAAGAGAGUAUUGGAAUUAGAAAAGGAAAUCGUUAAAGCAAAGAGAAGACUGUAUUAUUUCAAUACUACGUUAAGUAGUGUAUCAGAUGGAUUUGAAGAAGAAGUUACUGAAGGCGAUGAUACCCUACAAGAUCAAGAGAAUAAAACCAUCAUUCUGUUAAAACCAGAUGAAACUAUAGAUGAAGUGGGAAAUGUUUCAGUUAUAAGUAUUAGAGAAGCUUUACGAUCAGGACCACCAUUAUCAAAACUGAUCUCAAAUCUAAACCUUCACUUGAAUAAAGAUACCUCCAAGAGAAGACGAUCACUACUAGGUAAGUCCAAGUAA